UAACAUUAGUUUUGUUGCAAAAAAUGAAUCAAACUCGAGACCUUUUGGGAAAAGAAUUUUUACAUAACAAACAACUAAACAGUGGAAGGAGAAACCCAAAGAUUAUGUUUGCAUCAACAUCACCAUUUGAUGGGUUAAAACAACAUCGACUAUACUCUAAAGGGGGAAAACAUGUGACUAAAGUAAUUAAAACCCAACAGAAAUUUGGCUAAAAACGUAGUUACCGUAAUCAUAUAUAGAGUGUUAACCCGGACCAGUUCCUAAUAAAUAUGUAGGCGUAUAUUUUCUUCAGGUAUCAUCAUUCUCAGAUAUAUCAGCGGCGCUUAAGUCAAAACACUAACACUAGAGGUUUCAUCGAUCAGGGUUAAUUAGUAUGAGUGUAUAAGUGAAUGAUUUUCAAUCAUGUAAUCCUUGAUCAUGGUUAUAUUGAAAAAAACUGAUGAAUAGGGAAAUGGAUAUUAAUUACUUCCUUUUACACCAGAGCAUGAUUAAUAAAUCACGUUUAUUUGUCAAAGCGCUGGUUCACAACUUCAGAUACAACUGAUAAAGAGUAAGGUAUGAAUGUUUAUCACGACGAAGAGCGUAAUGUGGGGCCAUUGUAGAUUUAUUGUAUUUGUAUGUUUAUUUGCUACUCUCACAAGUCUCUCUCAACUCAAACAGUCAAACCCAUCGCUUUGUUUUCCUUCUACGUAAAGAGCAUAGCAGUUUACCCAAUACGACUUAGCCACGUGUGUUCCACUUCACCUUCUCUUCUUCUUCCCCAGCAUUCUUUCUUCGCAUUUUUCUUCCACCAGCUGCGCUGACAAUGACCAAACUACCCCUAGUAGAAGUUGACUCCUAUAAGAAUUAAUUACAUAAACCAUGAAAGCCAUGCGCAAACGGAAGGGCUCCACAAUGUCCAUUGUCAAAUUCUAUAAAAGCGAGUCUUUAGACCAUUUACUACGUCGCUUGUAGCUAGUAUAUAAAAUUAUACAUCCCUCAUUAAUUUAAUGUUAUUGUUUUACUUUAUCCUCUUUAUUAUUGGCUUAUACAACGAUCCAACGACUUUCAAACACAAGGAUUUCUUGUGCUUAAUACGAGAUCCAUAUGAUGAUAUGAGCCUUGGAUUCAUCGCAAAACCCUAAUUUUUAGUUCUACAAUCACCUUUGGGUGGCCAACAUACAAAAAAAAACUCACGCAUAUAUAUUCAUUAAGCUAUUUACUCGAUCAGAUCAUCGGUUCACUGAGUCACUGAGUAGCUUUCUAGGUAAAAUACACUACAUAUAGAUGUGUUUGUAACUUUGUAUAUAAUAUGUAGGCGUCAGGCGUGAGAUGGAAUGUAAGUGAGAAACAUGUAAUUCCUUUGACGAACACAGAAAUCAGAGUGCUGACACGAGAAUUAACGACAAAGAGACAAGAAAGGUGUUACAUCAGCUACACAAACGUCAUGUUGUAACUGAAAAUGUAACAAUAUGACAUCGAUCUUCAGUAAUUCCAGUAGUUAUUCUUUUCAAUAUUUGGAAAAUAAUAUAUAUAAAGAGGAAGAAUUGAAAAUAUAAUUUAAAAAUAGAGAAUACAGGAUUGAAGAAGAAGACAUCAUUUGGAGCAUGAAGUAACACCAAGCAAAAUGAUGAUAUUUUCAGCUUCUCUCUCCCGUUUCCCUCAAAACGGAGCCACCCACCUUUUAAAAAUAAAAAUAAUUCCCUUUCCAAUAUCCCCAUUCUAAGUUCUAACAUAAUCAUUACCUUGGUUUCAUAUAUUAAUUAUUAGAUUCACAUAUUUCAGUACCUAUAUAUGUAUAUCCACAACGUAGAUACAAUUUUGUAUAUAAAUACAUGUGCAUAUGUAUACGCGCACGCAUAGAAGCAGUGAUGGUGAGUGAGGCCAACGCGAAAUGAGCAUAUGAUUACACUCUGAAGUCCAAACCACACACGUCGACGUUCAAGUGGACGGUCCAUAUAUCUCUCUUUUCUAUACCUAAUUAGCAUCUUCUCGCUCUCUGUUUUUAUUGAUAGAGUCGGUUGGGGUUUCUUCUAUGGUCGAUCUUCUCUAGCUAGCUCGAUCAAGAAGAAACCAGCAAAAUAUAAACACUUGAAGAUUUUAUCAAAGAUGAUGGGGCUGGUGGAUCAAGAGUCGUCGAUACCGCCUGGUUUUAGGUUUCAUCCGACAGAUGAAGAGCUUGUUGGAUAUUACCUCAAGAAGAAAGUCGCAUCCCAAAGUAUUGAUCUCGAUGUUAUCCGAGAAAUUGAUCUCUACAAGAUCGAACCAUGGGAUUUACAAGAGAGAUGCAGGAUAGGGUACGAGGAGCAAAAGGAGUGGUACUUUUUUAGCCACAAAGAUAAGAAGUAUCCGACUGGGACGAGGACUAACCGAGCCACCAUGGCUGGUUUCUGGAAAGCCACAGGCCGGGACAAGGCCGUUUACCUCAACUCCAAACUAAUUGGUAUGAGAAAGACUCUCGUCUUUUACCGUGGUCGAGCUCCCAACGGCCAAAAAUCCGACUGGAUCAUCCAUGAAUACUACAGCCUAGAAUCCCACCAGAACGCUCCUCAACAGGAAGAAGGAUGGGUAGUGUGUAGAGCAUUUAAGAAACGAACGACCGUCCCGACAAAAAGAAGACAACUUUGGGAUCCAAACUGUUUCAUAUACGACGACGCUACCCUCUUGGAACCUCUCGACAAGAACGUCCUCAUCAAGCGCGCCAAACAUAACACUGAUGGUCUAGCGGUCACACCGUUUAAGCAAGAACUACCCUCUGAGGCCAACCAAAUCGUCGAUGAUGGAUUCUUUGGCUCUUACCUUAAAUCCAUGGGUGAUGAUGAAUUAUCUCAGCUUCCUCAGCUGGAGAGCCCCUCUCUUGCCUCAGAAAAGUUGCCGGAAACAACUAGCCGCACGGGGGAAGAUGACCUUGGCGCUGAGAAGAGGAUGACGGAUUGGAGAGCGCUUGAUAAGUUCGUGGCGUCUCAAUUCUUGAUGAGUGGCGAAGAAUAAAAUGUUUUUGGGAGGGGGUGAUAGUAUACCGUUCAAUGCAUGCAUGCAUAAGAAACGUUGUCGUUACGUGGAAUUAUAUAUGAUCUUAAUAAAAAUCAACGAAAGGGAAGGAUUUUGGAUGGAUAAGCAGAAGAUGAGAGUGGAAUAAGAUUAUAUAUAACGCUCUACACUUGCUGAGUUUUUCGUGUAAUGUAUAAGCAGUGGCUUAAAGAAAAAUACGUUCUUUAUUU